GUCAUUUAUUUCCGGUUUAAAAGACAUCACAACCGAAAGAUGGGUCUCGAAGUAGAGGAAUCAAAUACAGCUAUUCAAAACGAACCUGAGACCGAAAUAGUCCAAAAUUUCGAGAAUAAUGAAGAAGCUAGUGUAGAGGAAACUGUAGCUGACGAAGAACAAGUAGAGUCAACAGAAGCCGAGUCCAAUCAAGAUGAAGUUGAGGAGGAAGAAGAAGAGGAAUUAGAGGAUCCUCUGGAUUCGCUAAAGGAAAGCUGUGGAGAGUCGAGCGCUUGUGCUAGCUACAAAGCUGAAUUGGAUAAGUGUACUGAGAGAGUGACAAGCCAUCCGGAAACAACUGAGAAUUGUUCGCAAGAAUUAUACGAUUUCAUGCAUUGCGUUGAUAAAUGCGUAUCAAAGCAACUAUUUAGCAAAUUGAAAUAG